UUGAAUGAGUGCACAAGUCUUGGUGCUCCACCUCCCUGCACCUUAAGACAGAACAAGAGAAACGCUUUUCUGCAAACAGUCAUGACUGCAACAGCAAAACUACAGGACACAAUAAUAUGUUUUUUGAUGCAGCAUUUCUGAAGCCAUGAACUCCACUCAGCAUUUGAUCCGGUCUCAGAGAGACCUGCUUCUGAGCUGGACACGAGAUCAUCCAGCUCCCUUGCUCCGUUGGCUGCAUGAUGAUGAGGUGCUGUCCUCUGCUCACUACUUGUCUCUGCUUGAGAAGUCACCUUCCAAUGCAGUGGUCCAGGCUCUGGAGACGGUGUGUGCCACUGAGGAGAGCAGUGUUAAGUUCCUGCAGGUGCUGAAGGAGGUGCAGGAUUACUAUUGCAAGGAUCUGCAGGUCUGGGUGGAGAGACACUGCAGGAACGACGGCGUCAGUAAAUCAGUGCCAGCGACUGUGGAAAUUGGAGAAAAGAAGUCUAAAAGCCCAAUUGCUAAGCUGUUCAAAGGAAAGAGCAACGUAUUUACUCUGACUCCAGAGGUUAAAGCAAAAGAAGAAUGGAAAUCUAGCAGGAGAAUAAAGGCAGCCAACAUCCAAGUUCCAAUUUCUGCCCAUAAGACAACCUUACUGAAUCGCACAGGGCAGUUAAAGUGUUACUCAGAGGGUGAGGGAGUAGCCUCGAACUCAGCUUCUCACAUUGAGAUCCGCUACACGGACCUUUUUGUGACAGAAGAUGACGAAUCAGUUGACAGCAGCCAACAUGAGUACUUUGACCUGGCAAGCAGGCGUGCACGCAUCUAUGUCCAUCAGACUUGUCAGCGCAUCAAACCAUGCAAUCUUUUGAGCUCCCAAGGAACGAGUGGAAGGACUCCAAAAAGGGUUAAAAUGAAGGGUAUUGCUGGUAUUGGAAAAAGCGUAGCAGUACAGAGACUUCUCUAUGAGUGGGCGAUUGGGAAGAACAUGCGUGAAUUCACCUGUCUCUUUGACCUGCGUUUCAGAGAGCUCAAUCUGAUUGAAGAACCACUGAGCUUACUGGAGCUCCUUGGAGAACGUUUCCGCUACCUGAAAACAGCUCUUCCUGACCUUUUCUCAUCGCCAAGCUCUUUGCUUUUCAUCCUAGAUGGACUAGAUGAGUUCAAAUUCCCCUUGGACUGGAGCAGUCCGGACACUAACAUCGACAUUGGUUCAAAGGUACCGAUAUCCGAGCUGAUGGUGGCCUUAAUCAAGGGAAGCCUUCUCCCAGAGGCAUCGGUCAUACUCACAACAAGACCGUCAACUGAAGCACCCAAACGUUUCUUCCAGAGAUGUUGCAUUGUGUUGGGUUUUGAGGAAGACCAGGUGAAAGAAUAUACUACUAAGUUCUACAAAGACACUAAAAUAGCUGGGAGAGUCUACGAUUACAUCUUGAGCAAUGAUAACCUUUUUGUGUUGUCCUUUAUCCCCCUUUAUUGCUACAUCAUCUGCACAGCUAUGGCUGAGUUCUUCUCUUCUGAAAACAAAGAUGUUGGUGACUCAAAGUCUCUUGAGCUCAACCCACCAAGAACAGUGAGCGAGGUCUACUUCUGCUAUCUGUUUACUGCGGUAAAACACCAUGCACUGAAGGGGGUUACAGAGAGAAGCACCCCUAGAUCUGAGGUUCUCUCUUUAGCAAAGCAACAGCUGACAAACCUGGGGAAACUGGCUUAUGAAAACCUUCUACAGAAGAAGAUCAUCUUCAAAAGUUCAGAUUUAGAGAACUAUGGUGUUACACCUGCUGAUCUAGAGAGCACCUUUCUCUGCCACAUUCUCCAGCCACUCAAGGAAGAAACAGUUGAGAUGUUUUCUUUCUUUCACUUGACUGUUCAAGAACAUUUGGCAGCCCUCUACUGUGCAAUCAAUCUCUACAGCCAGGAUGACAUAGUUCAAGCUCUGGAUUUUUGGUGCUUUGGGCAACGUCCAACAUCCUCAAGAGCUGCACCCCUGCAUAACCCUGACCUCAACAUGGACAAGCUGGAGGGCCUCCAGAUGUUCACACGCUUCUUUGUGGGAAUGCUCAGAGCUCGUCUGGAAGGUCAGUUAGAAGGCCUUGUGCAUUCCCCUUUGGAGCAAGUGGAAGAAAUUCCAGCCAGGCUGGGGUAUUGGUUCCAAAGCCAGUUUAAAGGCAGGAAGCUCGAGAACCAGACAGCCCUGAAUCUUCUCCACUGUUUGAUGGAGUUUCACAAUAAGGAAACCACCAGCAUGGUAGCACCAGAGAUCAAAAGACUUUACCUGUUUAAAAUGAAGCUGAGUGUUGUGGACUGUGCAGCCAUGCACUAUGUGCUGCAGUUCUCUCUGCACAAGCUGCAGGAACUCAACGUAGGCUACUCCAACAUUGGAAACAGAGGACUGACCAGACUGGGGCCGAUCCUACAUCGCUGUGAAUCUCUGUAUUUGAGAUACAACUGCCUGGAUAGACAAGCAGCUCUUUUAGAAUCUGCAGUUCUGAAAUCAAAUGAGUGCCAAGUGAAAAAACUCUUUAUGUGUGGCAACAACCUGGGCCCAGAGGGAGUUUUGGAGCUGUGGAACGCCCUGGAGCACAACAACACUGUUGAGGAACUCUAUCUAGAUAUCACUGGCAUCACAGAGCGAGGAACUGAAAACAUUGUCAACUGUCUCAGCAAAAACACUUCUCUGAAGACACUGACCAUUGUUGGGAAUGACAUCGGAGAGGUGGGGAGAAAGAGGCUGAGGGAGCUGGAGCAACGCCGACCAGGACUCCGGAUUAUUGCGAACUUUGUGGAUGACCUUGGAUUACUGCAGGCCUACCUGGACUGGGUGGAGGAGAUCCAGGCAGACAGAGACCAGAUGGACUCAGUGAAGAAUGCAGAUGCCCUGCAGUCGGUGCUUAAGGGCCUCCAGGUGGCAGGAGAUCAGGUGGAGAAAGGAGAGAACGCAAAUAAAGCCAAGGAGCUCCAGACAAAGAUUUUGGAUAUGUUGAAGUCUCACUCAGAUAAGAAUGAAGGAAGAUAACUGGCAAAUUGUGUGUAAAGGCAGGGCUCCAUCCAAAGUUGUAGAAGCACGAGUCAUGAGUCAAGAUUAGUCAAAAUACAUUUUCACAUGAAUUUGACUUUAUAGUGGAAUACACAUGAAUCCAAAUAUUUUACAAAGAGUCCUUAGACUAAAAUCCUCCUCAUUAAUCAAUGCUUUAAAUUAUCACAAAGAAAGAUGCUUUAAGAAAUCAACAUAAGAAGCAAACAAUGUUCUCUUUGUGGUCUCAGAGACCCAGUUUAUGGACUUCUUGUAGAUCAUUCUGGCUUCAAGCAAGAAUCUUUAGGCUCUAUUUGUACGGCACCUUAAUUAAUCUACAUGUGUUUUAAAGUAUAUGUGGCUAUUAUCUUUUUCCUUAAAAGGUUUUGAGGCUGUGGAACUCUUUUGACAACUGAAGCUGAUGAUGCAUAGACAAAAUAAUGCAUCAGUUCUGUUUGUGGUCUCAGAGACCUAAGCUCUAAAACAGGUUUAAGACUAUGUUUUUUUUGUAUUCUCUUCAUCACUGAUUUGUAUUUAGAGCCCUCAACAAUCCAGCAGCACUUAUCCUCUCAGGACAUAAAAACAAGUCCAGUCCA